AAUAUGUCGGUGAUGACCCAAAAAAUAAUCUGUUUAUCAAACAGCAUUUCAAGUAGCUAUUUCCGCCCUACAUAUAUAUUAAUCAGUUUCUGAGAACCAGCAGAACGUUCCGAAGAUGCUCGUUUGGAGACUUCUUUCACGUUUCAACUGUAACAGUUCGAGCCAUUCUAAUUUGAUUUCAGUGCUUAAUACACAGUACUCCCGGCGAUAUGCUUCACGCCGUACAGAGUGUGAUUUUAAAAUUGGUGACAGCGCGAGUUUGUCGCGAACCUUCGACCAUUCUCACCUUAAAACGCUCGCGGAUUUAAUACUUGAUUUUAAUCCAAUUCACUUCGACCCCGAAUACGCCAAGAAAACUCGCUUUAAGCAAUGCAUCGUUCACGGUGUGUUAAUCAACGGACUGAUUUCUGCUGUAAUUGCUACACAUAUACCAGGACCUGGGGCUGUUUAUUUGUCGAGUUCUAUAGAAUUUCCCAAUGCUUUGUUUGUUGAUGAACCUGUCACCAGUGAGGUUACAGUGACAUCUAUCAAAGGAAUGGUCAUGACUUUGGACACAGUUGCCACAGCCACAGACAGAGACAAAAUUGUCUUGAAAGGUGAAGCUAAAGUUCUUGUACCAAAAUCCAGAAUGAAAAUAGUUUAUGAAGAAUAAAUAAACAUAUACAAGCUCAUGCCUCAAUAAGAAAAUCAAACCAAUAAAAGUAUAUAAGUGUGUGUGUGUGUGUAAAAGGCAAUCAAAGAAUAAUGUAGAUAUAUAAUGACCAUGUAAUAUAUUCUCACGUGUAGCUUGCAUUAAAAAGUAUCAACUUAGAGUUGUGCAAGUUUUACUAAGUGAAAACUUUCAUCUGGAUACUGGCAACUGUUAUCUGUAAUUUGUAUAUAUUAUGGAAUCUAAUACAAAGAAUGUGUGUGUGUUUUUGGAAAACAAAGACUGAUCAAUACCAUUCAAUGAACUCAUAGCACAAAAUAUUAUGUUGAAUAAAUUUGUAUUCUUUAAA